AUGUCUACCGGCAGAGGAUGCACAGGUCCUCUCUAAACCUCUUUGAACCCGUAUUUCUACCUUUGCAUAAUGCUGGACCCGAGUCACGUGUAUUUUUGUGUAAUUUGGAAAGUUUGGUGCUGACGCGAUCAACAGGCUCACAUGAGAGAGAAAAGGAGAGCGAGGGAGAGAGAGCGGGUUACUGAUUACAGCCUAUAGUUUGUUUGUGAUAAGAUCUAUGCUUGAGCCCAAAGUCCUGGUGCGUAGAGGGAGCCUUCACCCAUCACCUCCUCCAGGACCACUGCCGCUUCUCAGGUCCUGUUUUGUUCUUCUUCUCUGGUCUUGACGCACUGUCAUCAUGAGUGUGGCAGCUAAAACUCCACGUGAGGGCUGCUGUUCCAAGCUCAAGCUCUUCCUCGCUGCUAUGGCGUUUGUGUAUUUUUCCAAAGCUUUUUGUGGAGCGUACAUGAAGAGCUCCAUCACGCAGAUCGAGAGACGCUUCGACAUCCCCAGCUCCCUCAUUGGAGCCAUCGACGGCAGCUUUGAAAUGGGUAAUCUUCUGGUAAUUGCAUUUGUGAGUUAUUUUGGUGCUAAACUUCACCGGCCCAGGCUGAUCGGGGCUGGGUGUCUCAUUAUGGCGCUUGGAGCCUAUCUCACUGCUCUGCCACACUUCUUCCAGGGGCAGUAUAAAUAUGAGACCAGCAUGUCCCACAAAGUUGAAGCAAACAGCACAGAGACAAUCCUGCCUUGUUUGUCCAACCACAGCCUGGACACAGAGGACACGCCCAGUCUGCAGGAUAAGACAGGUUGUGAACAUUCCGGUGGGUCUCCUAUGUGGAUUUAUGUAUUCCUGGGAAACAUGCUACGUGGAAUUGGAGAAACUCCCAUCAUGCCUUUGGGCGUGUCCUACAUCGAUGACUUUUCACGAGAGGAAAACACUCCUUUCUAUUUGGCCUGCAUCCAAACAGUGGGUAUUUUGGGGCCCAUGUUUGGCUUCAUGCUCGGCUCGUACCUGGCCAAAGUCUAUGUGGACAUUGGAUUUGUGGAUUUAGAUACGGUGACAAUUACCUAUAAGGACUCCCGGUGGGUGGGUGCCUGGUGGCUGGGCUUCAUCAUUACCGGGACAGUGGUGCUCAUGUCCAGUGUUCCCUUUUGGUUCCUGCCCAAAUCUUUACCAAAACAAGGCCAGAAGAAAAAUCCCCCUGAAACCAAAGAGACGGAGAUGACCUUCGUGGCUGAACAGGAAAGCUUUCUGCCGGCGGACGUCCCAGAGCCAGAUCCCAAAGAGAAGCCUGUUACAUUCAAGGAACUGGCCAAAGACUUCAUCCCUUCUCUAAAGAGACUGUUCAAAAACAGCAUCUUCUCUCUGCUGGUGCUCACGUACCUCGUGGUUGUGAACGGGUUUAUCGGCAUGAUCACCUUCAAGCCUAAAUUCUUGGAGCAAAUUUUCGGCCAGUCAGCUUCCAAGGCCAUCUUCCUCAUAGGUAUUUUGAACCUGCCUGCUGUGGCUCUGGGCUUCAUCACUGGAGGUUUUGUGAUGAAGCGUUUUAAGUUGAGCGUGAUCGGAGCGGCGCGCGUGUCCUUCUCUGCCUCGCUCAUCUCCUUCAGUUUACUCGCUACUCAGAUCUUCCUCCACUGUGAUAAUGCCGAGGUCGCUGGACUCACUGUCACAUAUGAGGGAGUCCCUCAGGUCUCUCACAGUCAGCAGACGUUACUCUCUCAGUGUAACACGGGCUGCCUGUGCUCGCUCAAACACUGGGACCCCGUGUGCGCCUACAACGGGAUGACCUACGCCUCCCCGUGUCUGGCCGGCUGCCAAAUGUCCACUGGAACUGGAAAACAGAUGGUGUUCCAUAACUGUACAUGUGUGGAGGAGCUGAUGACUCCAGGGAUGAACCGCUCGGCCGUCCUGGGUCAGUGCCCCAGGAAGAGUAACUGUGAGCGGGCUUUCAAGUUCUACAUGGCCCUGUCUGUGAUCGGCUCCUUUAUCUCUGCUGUGGGCGGGACUCCAGGAUACAUCGUCCUCCUCCGGUCAAUUCCAAGUGAUCUAAAAUCUUUGGCUUUGGGUAUGCAGACGCUCAUAGUGAGAACACUAGGUGGAAUCCCUCCUCCCAUUUACUUUGGGGCACUGAUAGACCAGACGUGUUUGAAGUGGGGCACAAAACAGUGCGGGGGACGAGGAGCCUGUAGACUCUAUGACUCCAAUGCUUUCAGGAUGAUUUUCUUGGGGCUGGUGACUGGUCUGUACGCUGUGGGCAACUCUCUGUGGGGUGUCCUGUAUUGUUGUAUCGUGAGGAGACAGAAUAAAUUAGCUCUGAGGCAACAGGAGAAAGAGAAUGGACUGGAUGGAGCUAACGGAGCACCCAUGGGACACGCCCAAAUCACCCUCACCCAAAACACAGACAAAGACAAAGAGAGCACUAUUUAACUGUGAAUUCUGCUGCUUUCCAACUGGACCAGACAAGGCAAUGGUACAGUGACAGCGCCCUCUGGUGUUUAAGCAUUAUACCUCUUUACCAAAAAGUCAUAUUACAUCUAUUACAGUGUUUUAUUUCAAAGGUCAAUUCAAAAGCAAUUAUCGUAAACACAAUUUAGCAAUAAUGUUGUCAUUCCUGGUUACAACAGUUACACAUCUCUAAGUGCUGUGAGGGAAUACCCAUAUGCACAAAACAGUUUACAAAAUACCUAAAGUUUUGUUAAUCAUUUACAAAUAUUACCCGAAACAAAUGUGAAUUGUAGUAGGCAAAGCAAGGCAAGGCAAGUUUAUUUGUAUAGCACAAUUUGUACACAAAGUAAUUAAAAUUGCUUUACAGAAUAAGAAAUACAUUAAAAUCACAAUAGUAGAAGUACAAUGGUAGCAGUAGAAUAUUUUGGAGACAAAUUGUUGUGACCAGGCCGAAUUUUUAAUCUAAAAUUUCUUGCAGAGAAUGCACCCCAAUGAGAGUCGUUUUAUAGUAUAUGGUAUAAAGUAUAUGUGGUUUAGUAAGAUAUGUUCAAGUGUUUGUGUGAAACUUGUGCACUAUCACUAUCUCUGUUUAUAUGGAGGUAAUCAUGAUCUUAUGAGUCAUUAGUGAAGAUAAUCAGAAUGUCCCACUUAAACUGAGAAGAAAGCAUCAAAUAAUCCCUCUGUAUUACCUCAGACACAGUCUCUGCCCCACAUUAGCACAUGUGUAGAACAUGAGGCUGUUGUAUUACAUUCUCCUUCAUGACUCGAGGGUCAGUGGUUUCUCAGAAAGCUUUUUACCGGAAACAAAAGUUACAUCCUCACUCAGUAGAAAGGUCAUGGACAUGUGUUUAAACAGUCAAGAGUGUGUGGCUCCACUGCCAAGCCCUGUCCAAUCACAGACUGUCCUUUUGACAAAAGUAUUUCUGAUUCAAAUGAUUUGUAAUGUGUUUUUAUACAUUUGUACACAUUUAUAUGUUCCUGAAAAGUAUUAAAAACAUUGGAUGUGAAAUCUUACCGUGCACUGCCAUGAUUC